AUGGAGGAGGGAAACUUCAUUUACGGCACCACCAUCAACGAAGAGGAGGUGGUGCGGGACUUUCGAGACUUUGUCACCAAGUUCGUGGAGAGCGGCGAGGCAACCUACCUCAAACAGUUGCGAAAGAUUUGGGAGCAGCAGGAGGACAAGACCAAAGGGAUCAAGUUCCCCCUGCAAG